GAGGAGAGGGGUGGGGCUAAGGCCGGUCAGUCAGGCUUUGGGAAGCCGGGAAGAAAUUGUCUCCCGGCCGUGAGAAAAACGGGAGGUAAUAGUGGGGGCAACGGCGGUGCUGGGGUCGCCCCCGUCCUGUGAUUGACAGCCCGGACUUUCCACCCGGGCGGUGAAGUCAGAGCAGGGAAUGUAUGACAACAUGUCCACAAUGGUGUAUCUAAAAGAAGACAAAUUGGAAAAGCUCACUCAGGAUGAGAUUAUUUCCAAGACUAAACAAGUGAUUCAAGGCCUAGAAGCCUUGAAGAAUGAGCACAAUUCCAUCUUACAGAGUUUACUUGAGACACUAAAAUGUUUGAAGAAAGAUGACGAGACCAAUCUGGUGGAAGAAAAAUCAAAUAUGAUUCGGAAGUCUUUGGAAAUGCUAGAAUUGGGACUAAGUGAAGCUCAGGUGAUGAUGGCUUUGUCAAAUCAUCUAAAUGCUGUAGAAUCAGAGAAACAGAAAUUACGUGCCCAAGUUCGUAGGCUAUGCCAAGAAAACCAGUGGCUAAGAGAUGAACUCGCUAAUACCCAGCAGAAAUUACAAAAAAGUGAACAGUCUGUGGCUCAGCUGGAAGAAGAAAAGAAGCACCUUGAAUUCAUGAAUCAGUUAAAAAAAUAUGAUGAUGAUAUAUCACCUUCAGAGGACAAAGACGCAGAUUCUGCCAAAGAACCAUUGGAUGAUUUAUUCCCCAAUGAUGAAGAUGACCAAGGACAAGGAAUUCAACAGCCACAUAGCAGCGCAGCAGCAGCUGCCCAACAAGGUGGUUAUGAGAUUCCAGCAAGAUUAAGGACCCUCCAUAAUCUUGUCAUUCAGUAUGCUUCCCAAGGUAGAUAUGAGGUUGCAGUACCACUUUGUAAGCAAGCUCUCGAAGACCUUGAAAAGACUUCAGGCCAUGAUCACCCUGAUGUUGCCACUAUGUUGAACAUACUUGCAUUAGUAUACAGGGACCAGAAUAAAUAUAAAGAUGCAGCAAAUUUACUGAAUGAUGCCCUGGCCAUUCGUGAAAAGACCUUAGGCAAAGAUCAUCCCGCGGUUGCAGCAACUUUAAAUAAUCUUGCUGUACUUUAUGGGAAAAGAGGAAAAUACAAGGAAGCUGAACCUUUAUGUAAGAGAGCUUUGGAAAUCAGAGAAAAGGUGCUGGGAAAAGACCAUCCAGAUGUUGCCAAACAGUUAAAUAAUCUGGCAUUACUAUGUCAGAACCAGGGCAAAUAUGAAGAAGUAGAAUACUACUAUCAGCGGGCACUUGAGAUCUACCAAACAAAAUUGGGGCCAGAUGAUCCAAAUGUAGCAAAAACAAAGAAUAAUUUGGCAUCCUGCUAUUUGAAACAAGGGAAAUUUAAGCAAGCAGAAACUUUGUACAAAGAGAUUCUUACUCGUGCCCAUGAAAGAGAAUUUGGCUCCGUGGAUGAUGAAAACAAACCGAUUUGGAUGCACGCUGAGGAGAGAGAAGAAUGCAAGGGAAAACAAAAAGACGGCAUGACAUUUGGUGAAUAUGGAGGCUGGUACAAAGCUUGCAAAGUUGACAGUCCAACAGUUACAACUACUUUAAAGAAUCUUGGAGCACUUUAUAGACGUCAAGGCAAGUUUGAAGCUGCUGAAACACUAGAAGAGGCAGCAAUGAGGUCCCGUAAACAGGGACUUGAUAAUGUUCACAAACAAAAAGUUGCUGAAGUACUUAAUGAUCCAGAAAGUAUAGAGAGAAGACAAAGCCGUGAGAGCCUUAAUAUUGAUGUGGUAAAGUAUGAGAGUGGACCGGAUGGAGGAGAGGAAGUGAGUAUGAGCUUAGAAUGGAAUGGGGAUGGCACUGGAUCAUUAAAACGCAGUGGUUCCUUUAGCAAACUUCGUGCUUCAAUUAGACGCAGCAGCGAGAAGCUGGUUAGAAAACUGAAGGGAGGAAGUUCACGAGAAAGUCCUGGCAUGAAGCGUGCCAGUUCAAUGAAUAUUCUUAACGUGGGUGGCAAAACAACUGAAGAUCAUUUUCAAGGACGAACUAAUUGUCUGACAGAUUCAAGAGCUAAGAGUGUCAGUCACACUGAUUUGGCCCACUGAGGUUCUGGAACAGAUGCUAGCUAAAAUAUUCGUAUGAAUCAUGAAGCACUGAGAUUCAGAGGUUUUGGGGGUCCCCAUUAUGAUCUUUUUAGCACUUUCUAGGUUAAAGACAUAGGAGAAUGGACUAUUUCUAGGCUCUCUUAAAAUAACUGGCAUUUUAAAGAAUCCUAGAGUUAGCAAUUAGCUUCUUUCUGAAGCAUGCUGAGUUUGUUGCAUUGUUACUAGCAAAUUGGAGUUUGUUACAGAUAGCUGUAUAGCAGUAUUCAUAAGCAGAGGAAAAUAUGUCCACAAAAAGGAACUGAAAUACAAAAAAUGCAAAAGCUUUCCUCAACAUGCUGUUUUAAAACUGUUACAGGAGCAUCCAUUAUUAACUAUGUAAGCAUCUGCUAGAAUGAGAUUUACGUUAAGUUCAUUGCUGUAAGGAAUAAGGACUUUGUACACAUUAUAUAUAGAUUACAGAUAUGAAAAUUGUCAUGUAGCUUAUGACAUUCAGGUUUGAAAUCAAGAAGGCACAAUACUGGUUAAUUGGAAUGGAAUAACUUGGACACCUCUUGAAAAUGACAAUAGCCAAUUUAUUGUGGCUUUCUUCAGUCUAAAAAAUAAGGAAAGUGGUGCAAUUUACUUUAACCUGGAAGAGAAAAGCAGAAUAAGCUAAACCCAUCAGGUUUUCAGUCUUCAUUUCAAUCCCACAGAACACUCCUUUUUUUCCUCAGUCCCGAAUUGUAAGAACUUGUUUCCUCUUGAAUCUGACUUCUAUUUCAGUUUGGAGUGCAAAAGGGGAAAAAUAAGUACUGUACUGUGAAGUUGUGGCUUGCAAGAGGAACUCGUAAGAAAUUUGUCAGGAUAAAAAAAAAAAGCCAAUUAGUGGCAACUUUUUCAAUCUUCCAUUGG